CUUCUUUCCCCCCCCCCGACGCCCAUAACAUUCAAAACAGCAGAACACUACAUGAUGCACGCCAAAGCCCUCCUCUUCACCGACCCCUCCGUCGCCCUCUCCGUCCUCAAAGCAGACCACCCGCGCAAAGUCAAAGCCCUCGGCCGCAAAGUGCACAACUUCAACGAAGCUGUCUGGAACGAGAACAGGGAACGCAUCGUGCGCGAGGGGAACCUGCUGAAAUUCCGCUCUGCGCCGGGGUUACGGAGACAGUUGCUAGCGACGGGGGGGAGGGAGCUGGUGGAGGCGAGUCCAAGGGAUCGGAUUUGGGGGAUUGGGUUUGCGCCGGAGAAGGCGGCGGGUGUGGAUCGGGACAGGUGGGGGUUGAAUCUUCUGGGUAAGAUUUUGAUGGAGGUUAGGGGGGUGUUGAGGGAUGAAGAAGAGGUGGAGGAGGAGAUGAAAAGG